AUGUAUCUGGUACAGUUGUUGCAAGCAAAUAUCAUAAAAUUCCACGUCUUAAAUGAUCACUGGAUAGGUCAAAUACGUCCUUCCUUCAACCUGUCCCUUGUAUUGCUCCUCCUCCUCUCGACGCAGGUGUGGAUGACGGUCUUUCUCGCAGCCAUCGUAGUGUGCGCAUGUACCAUGGUCAUUCUCAAGGGGCAGUCCAAGCUGACUAGAGCUCAGACCGAGAGUGGAGCAACUGGAGAAAGGUGUAACAUGGAUAAAGUGACGGCUCUUGGCCAAAGAUCCUUCCUGUGGACUAUGUCACACCUUAUAAGUCAGCCCGUACCUUGGGAACCCACCGAAUAUGCCGCAAGAGUAAUUGGGGGCCUGUGGCUUCUCGUGGCCUUUGUCCUGGGUUUGGUGUACCGGGGGAACCUCAAGGCCAUGCUCAUCCUGCCGAAGGUGGAGUUGCCCUUCAACAGCUUGAAAGAGCUAGCUGACUCUGACGUCCCGGUGUGGAGCCCUGGUAGCCAUAUUGCUUUUCAGAUGAUUAUGGCCGCCCCCCCUGACUCGACGUACGGUUUGAUCGCUAAGAGGAGCUACGCCCAUUUGAGGGUCGAAGAGGGGAUCCGAAAGGUCUACGAGGGGAAACAGGCCAUUAUUUGCUUGUUGUUGGCGGCGCUGGAUAGUAUGGACAAAACGUUCUCGAGGGUAAAAGCAAGUCUUUUUUUUUUUUUAUUAUUUGGUUUGAUUAUAUGA